CCGUUACAAGGGUGUGGCUACUGGGCAGGCAGACACUGCGGCCGCAAGCAUGUCGAACAACACAAGUCCGGUCACUGGUGUACCAGUGGCGCCCCUGACUUCGGUGGGGGGUGGGGUGGCAUCGGCAAAUGCUUCCAACAAACUCAAUCGGGAGCUGCUUCGAUGGCUACAGAGCCUAGACUUGGCCUAUUCGGUCAAAAACAUCAAACGAGACUUUUCGAACGGGUUCCUCAUUGCAGAGAUCCUGUCUCGGUACUACGACAAGGACAUUUCUAUGCACUCGUUCGACAACGGCAUCGGACUCAAAGUGAAAAAGGACAACUGGGACCAAUUGCUCAAAUUCAUGCAAAAGAUCCCGGACUUUGACCCGGUCGGCGGCAAAUCGUCCGCCGACGGCGUCAUGCACUGCGAAAACGGCGCCGCCGUCACAUACCUCGGAAAACUGUACCAAUGCUUGACCAAGCGCGAGCUCCAAACGGUGCAGCCUCGGCCGGUCGAAGAAGACAUCCCGCCGUAUGCAAAACCCACGGGGUCGACCCUCAUUCGGGAAAAGAUGCGGGGUCCAGACUUUGCCGAAACGAGCGACGAACUCCAAAUUGGUCAAAAGGCCCGGACUGUCAACGCUCGGCACGAGGAGACGCUGCAGCUGGAGCGGCUCACGGACGGCGGAGGCCCAACGUCGUCGUCCGAGCCCGCCAAGAUGGUGCGGCCUCGAAAGCAAAAGCUCGUGGGGGAAGAGUCGCCCGUAUGUACACACGCCGUGGUGAAAGAGGUGCAGAUCAAGACGAUUGACGACAAGAACUUCAACUUGGCCCAACUGCGCGCGAUGCGGGAAGCCAAUGCGUCCAUGCUGCCAUCAUCCGGGCAGGCCGAGUUUGGCUACGGUGUGGACCAGCUGGAUUUGGACGGCAUUCCUGACAAGGCAGGCAGCGUCAAGCGCAGGGUCAGUGAUUUACUCAACGAGUACAUCUCGCGCAAAUUGACGGGCACGGCCGUGUUGAGCCAAAUGGAUGGCCGAAAGGACCGGUUCGAAGGAUUCUUGGACGCGUUGUGGACGGGCGGAAUCAUCAACGACCACGACGCUGCGGGGGUGCUAGAGCAGGUGGUCGACCCUGGUGGCGUCCUCACAGGGGCUUUGAUGGAAUCCCCAAAAGACUUUGCCAAGUUUGCAGGGUUGUUGCAUCCAUGCUUGAAUGACCAAGCCGAUGACAACCCGAUUUUCCUCGCCACGGUCAAGCUGUACACGACGUUGGGCAGUCAAGCCGUGAAACGGGAUGCCAACGCAGCUGCAUUGCUAUUGUCAGACUACGCCUUGCCCCGGCUUGCUGCCUUUCUAACGGCAUGGCCAUCGAAGCGACAUGCACUGUUGCGGAUUGUGUAUUCGUUUUCCGCGCCAAAGGUGGUGGCCCACAUUCAAGUGAUCAAACGCCUGCGGGAGGCCCUGCCUGUCAUGGAAGUGUUCAUUGACUGCAUCAGCCUUCUCCUGGGUCUCGAAACCGAACUCGACGAUACUCUCGCCGACUUGUACUAUUACUACUGCUGUAUGGGCUUGGACUUGCCGAACGAAAAGCUUCGCGCUGCGUGCUUGUCAAUGCUGCCCCGGUUUUUAGCUUGGCAACCGGCGCUGACCGUCGACUUGGUCCUGCGGGUCUCCGCCUUUAGCACGUGUCAUGCAUGGUGGGAAGUGAAGGCCCAAUUGAUCAUCGUGGCGUCGGCAGUGCUCACGCAUCUGGCGACCCAGCCCCCGUGCGACCAACUCGAUUAUGCUCUAACCAUCUUGCAGCGCGAAGUGACCCCCCACGUUCCUGUGAGCCUGCGACGUCUUGGCAUUGCACACAUGGGCAAAUUGUUGUGGCACUUUCAAGAACUCGUUCCAACAUAUGUCGAUGUCCUUCGAAGUCUACCGUUGCAUGUGCUCCAAGAAGCGGUGAGCAUCCCAAACGAAGAAUUUGUCGGCACGUUGCCACUACAAGGAGGAUCUGGAGCGUUGUAUCAUUUGCCCGUGGUGCGAACUGUGUGGGACUCGUCGGCCAUUGCCAAGCAAGUUUACUUGGACUGCAACGACGCGUCGACUGACGAAGAUGCCCACCACCGCCAUCAUCCGCAAAGCAUGACCAUCUUGCAAGUGUGCUUUGACCAAAUAGCGCGCGAACAAGCCCCCGAGCAUGUGAACGAACUAUUUGCGUGGACGCAGUCGAUGAUCGUCGCUGGCCUCGACCACGACCAUUCGUGCGAGUUGGGGGUACGUACCUUGUGUUAUACAGAGCUAAAGAGGGAUACAUUAGACGUGUUUUACAUCGUUAUAGGUGGCUAUUCUGUCCACCGUCGCCUUCUACUCGUCGCCAUCGAUCAACGUCCUGGACAACCCUGCCAUGGACCACGCGUUGGCUCGACUCUGUGCAAACGAUCGCGAGGCAUCCCAUAGAGUGGACAUCGUGGCCCAGUUUUUGCAUCAGUUACACGUCAGUAACCACGCAAGCGCAGUCAAGGCCACCCUCGCGAAGUUGAAGGGCAGUGUCCGCAGUUUCAAGGACUCGGGAUUCGCCAUAGCUGUACAAGACCUAUUGGAAGGAUAAGCAUAAAUUGUACCAGUAGUAUACGUACAAUAGGCUCUUGAUCAUAUUACAAAUGUAAUACUACCAUACUUUACGAC